ACCGGAGGGGUUGGCGACUACGACGGAAGACGUCGCUCUUGUGAUACGGAUUACUGUGAAUUUGUCAAAAUUUCAAUCCCUUUCCGACUCUGUUAGUGUUAAGACCUCCUCCUUUCGAGAAAAUAGUUGUUUUAUUACGCAUUCCGGAGGGUAAAGCAUGUCCACCCCGGCUAGAAGAAGACUUAUGAGGGAUUUUAAACGGCUACAAGAAGACCCCCCAGCUGGUGUCAGCGGAGCCCCGUCUGAAAAUAACAUCAUGGUUUGGAAUGCUGUCAUAUUUGGCCCCGAAGGAACACCAUUUGAGGAUGGUACAUUUAAACUCAUUGUAGAAUUCACAGAAGAAUACCCCAACAAACCCCCCACGGUACGAUUCGUGUCAAAGAUGUUUCAUCCAAAUGUCUAUGCAGACGGCAGUAUAUGUCUAGACAUCUUACAGAACCGCUGGAGCCCCACGUAUGACGUGUCAUCCAUUCUUACAUCUAUCCAGUCCCUGCUUGACGAGCCGAACCCCAACAGUCCAGCCAACAGUCAGGCGGCGCAGCUGUACCAGGAAAACAAGCGGGAGUACGAGAAGCGCGUGUCCGCCAUCGUCGAACAAAGCUGGAGGGACAGUUGACCUGACAAUCCUGGUGGCUGCUAUAUUAAGCUGUGCGUGCUGGAAGUUUUAGUGGACUCUCUUGUUACCCCCCACUUUCUUUUUUAUUUUAUUUUAAGCUUUUAUGCACUUUACCUUAAUCUUCCACUUUUCUUUUGUAACCACUUUUUUUUUUUAAUAUCACCCUCUUCUAAUCCUUCAGGGGGAAAUGUGUUGAAACCUGCUUUGGUAGUUUGUCAGAACCGAUGAGGAUUACACCCCCCCUCAAACAAAUAUCUGCUAAUAACAAUUCAUGGAUUAAACGUUCACAAGGGGGCGUCAAUCAAGUUGUGGGUCAUUUCUGUUGAUCUGUUUUUGGUUCUGAAGGAAGCGGGGGUCACGAGCGGUCUUGGAAUCAGCCAUCUUUCUGCCGUGUCUGCUGUGCUGCGACCUGUUACUACGUGCAUGAUUAAAUGUUCUCCUGACCCAUUCACUUCUGUAUGCAGCAGACGCCUGCAAGUGAAAUUAUGUACAGAUUUUGCACUGGUUGUCCCCAUGUAAGUCUUUUCCAGAAAUUGUAAAUAAACAGACAAAAUUCA